CAGUCCAAUCUGUGGGGACAGAAGAAUAGUUAAAUCAACAAGUACAAAACACGGGUUUUGGUGCCAGGAACGUGGCCUGGUGAGGAGAAUGGGGUCUCACACAUCCCUGCUCAGUCCUCUUUCCAAGCACACUUUCCACCUUCCCACUGUCCCCUAAUUCCUGUGCCAGGGUCACCCGUUUGAUAGCAUGGAGUUAUCUCAGAGACUCUGGCUCGAGUUCCACUGACACACAUGACUUGCGAUUUUGUCUUCUUGCUCGAUUCCUACUUCCUCUUGCUCAGAUCCUGCAAGAUCCCUGACAACUUAGCCUUCAUUCGCUUAAGCCGAAAACUGUGCAAAGAUGAACAUCUGCAGUUAAAGUUGGACAACAUUACUUUCUUUUCAGUCUAAUUCCCUUUUGCUCCUCUCCCCAAAUGUCUGACGGUGCUCAGGAAAGCUCAUUGCAUGAAUAACACAAAUACACAAAAGUAAGGUAUCCAUGGCACCAGAAACACAUCUUUUUUAUCAUCGCACAGGGUCAUCAGCCGGCCUGGGGAAGAGCUCAGCACCUCGGUGCACCGGGGAUGAGCUGUCGGGAACCUCCUGCGUCUCCAUGGCGACGCGUCACAAAACAGGCUCCACCGCAGCACCCAGUCGAGCUGGUGGAAAGCGCCUCGCAACGACGGUCUCUUGGAGCAAGAAUGGCAGAGCCUGGGCCGGAAGAUGCGUGCCCUUCUCAAUAUGGCAACAAGAGACGGCCAACAGGUGAUACCAGUUGGGAUUCUUAUGCCACCACAAUGAGGACUGCAUUCACACCUAAGACAGGAACAGCACCUGCUUUGUUUCGUCAGAAAAGUACCAGAAGGCUAGGAUAUACAUAUUCACUUAGUGAUCCUAUUCCUAAUCAAACACAGUACAAUGAUGAGUAUGUCUGGAAAUCAUAUUCUAAAGAGGAUUCGAUCAAUGUUGGGACUUCAAGAGGAAUCAAGAACCACAGAUUUUACCCUAGUCAGGACUUCUUUCUCUGGACACUACCUCAAUCGACAACCUCAGUAAAAAGCUACUUUCCUUGGAAAAUUGCUGCAUCGAUGGAAGAGGUUCGGAAGGCAAUAGGAAAUCAGUUUAUUUCCAUCACAAAGAGAGACUUUGUGGACCGAUCAAAGGAUCCAAAGGAUAAACAGCGUUCUCAGAUGUUUCUGGAAUGGAAAAAGUUAGUUCCCCGACCAGCAGACACAGAAUUUAGAAGGAAUUACCAAAUUCCAGCUAAAAUUCCUGAGUUACAGGAUUUUAGUUUCAAAUACGGAUGCUACUCAAGCCUACCCAUUGCUUCUCAAGGUCUAGUCCCUUCUGUGCUGUAUAGCCACAUGAGGAGCCAGGAGCGUACGAAGAAGCAGUCCAUUUACCAAAGUGAUUACGGGAAAGCCUACCUGGAUUUCUUGACGAUUCUGAACUCAUUCAGCCCCUCUCAAGUCACAGAGUACCUUCAGGGUGUUUCCUACAAAGAAAGGCAGAUUCUUGAUCGCUUUUUUUGCUCUUACUGUGAUAUGGGCCAAAGAAUGGAUAAAAAAGAACAAUAGUUCAAAUGAAGAACAUCUGAAAAUAACUGAGUUCUUUUCUCAAUAAUCAAGAAAAAAUAAGAUCCAAAUUGUUCUGAAUUAUAAUUUCAUCAUGACUUUGUGUAAUUUUGUUUUAUUUUUAAACAAUAAAAUCAUUUAAGGCUGAAAAUCAUCACUUGCCUCCCAACCUAUUCCCACCCAAUUUUAACUGUAUCCAGUGAGUUUUGAUGUAAUGUUUUCUCACCAUUCUUUUUUGGAUACUUACUUUGUGUCUUCAAUUCUGGUUUCCUCUUUGAACCAGGAAUUAUGUGGAAGAGGUUUCUUAAUUUUUCAAUUAUCAGGGGAUUAAAAAAUUCAUUAUUGUUGAUUUCGAAUUUGAAAGUUAAAAAACAAAUCUCUGCUUUGGGAAAAUUAGCAAACAUUUUUUAUGCCAAGUAUAAGAAUGAUUUGUGUAUUACAUGAAUAGCAGAAGAAAAAAUGUAUAGUUAAUUAUAUUUUUAAGCCACUUCUUUGUCUUAAUUGUAUAUUUUAACUGUCAUAUUUUGAGGCAAAAAUAUUAAAAAAAUUCCACAAUGGAAGUGUUUUCAUCAAUGUCUCCUAGUAUUUCUGGGAUUUUUGCUAUGUAUUUUUGGCUCCUAUGUUUUUUAUUAGUGCUUAUGACUUACACAGAGCUCCUUCAUUUUCCUAUUACAUGUUGUUCUUCUUUGACCGUGUUAAUGGUUUUGACCUUGAAUUAUGUUUUUUAUGUAUAUUCAUAUUGCCACUCAUCUGGGUUUGUUUUUUUUUUCUGUGCAUUUACUUAAUUCUAAAUUUCUCUUUUUUUUUUUUUUGCUGUUUCUGUCUUUCUUGGAGCACUGGGGACUGUAGCUGUGGCCCACGAGUAAUUUCAUAUGGAUUCUCUCUCAGUUUAGUGUUUGCAGUGGGACUUCCUGUCCUCCCAGCACUCUCCAGAGUAUGGCCCAUAUUCCGUCAGGAUCUUAAACCAAAUAUUAAACAUUGAAGAGCCCUUUUUUCAAUGAAUAGUUAUUGAACACCUCUUAUGUGCCAGGCAGGGUUGUAGAUCUUGGGGAUACACUAGUAGUGAAAGACAUACAUGGAGCUUGCAUUGUGGAGAGAGGGAGAGAUCAUAAACAAGUGAAAACGAACAGGAGAAUUACGAAGUGUAGGUGCUACACACAGCAUCGGGCUUCCCUGGUCGAUCAGAUGGUAAAGAAUCUG